CCUUCUCUCUCACACACACAACACACAGUCCCACCAUUUUUGCUCGCUGCCAUUUUCUCUCUUUUCCUCUGUUGGCAAGCCUCAAAAAGCAAGAGAUUUUUUUCUACGAAGUUGCUUCAAACUUCGAGGAGAUUCUGUUCGUCGUUGUGGGUGAGGAAAAAGCAACAAUCUUUCGCUGCAGUUCGAUUUCCUAUGAAAUUCUGAGCUGGUUUGGUUUGGAUUCGUUGAGGAAUAGUACUUUUUCGGGGAAGAAAAGGCAAAUUUUAUUGAACUUUUGUCUUUCGUUUGGAGCUUCAAAGCUGCGGUCUCUUGCGGAGUUUGGAUUUCAUGUGUUCUUCUCCACCUCCGCAGAAUACUGAAAUAUCCUAUAGACCUGCAGAGCUUCUCGAGUUUGUGUGGUAAAUUUGAAAAUUGAAGGAAAUGGUAUUUGGCUUCGGAAAUAUGAUGGAGACCAUGAAUAACCUGUCAACCUCUGACCAUGCUUCGGUGGUCUCGAUUACUGUAUUUGUCACACUCCUUUGCGCAUGUAUUGUGAUUGGUCAUCUAUUGGAGGAAAAUCGUUGGAUAAACGAAUCAAUUACCGCCCUUAUUAUUGGUUUAUGCACUGGAGUUUUAAUUCUACUUACAAGCGGAGGGAAGAGCUCACAUCUUUUGGUUUUCAGUGAGGAUCUUUUCUUCAUUUAUCUGCUUCCUCCCAUCAUUUUCAAUGCUGGGUUCCAGGUAAAGAAGAAACAAUUCUUUCGCAAUUUCUCGACUAUUAUGCUGUUUGGAGCAGUUGGUACAUUGAUAUCCUUCAUCAUCAUAUCACUGGGUGCAAUCGCCUUCUUCCAGAAAAUGGAGUUUGGUCUCUCAAUCGGGGAUUUUCUCGCAAUUGGAGCUAUUUUUGCUGCAACAGAUUCGGUCUGCACACUGCAGGUUCUAAGUCAAGACGAAACACCAUUACUGUACAGUCUGGUAUUUGGAGAAGGCGUUGUAAAUGAUGCAACAUCAGUGGUACUAUUCAAUGCAGUCCAGAGUUUUGACCUCACGCACAUCAACACCACUGUGGCUUUGCAGCUGAUUGGAAAUUUCGGCUACUUAUUUCUCUCUAGUACUGUGUUGGGAGUCGUAACUGGACUGCUUAGUGCAUACGUCAUAAAGAGGCUCUAUUUUGGAAGGCAUUCCACUGAUCGUGAGGUUGCAAUCAUGAUGCUUAUGGCUUACUUGUCAUACAUGCUGGCAGAACUAUUCUAUUUAAGCGGCAUCCUCACUGUUUUCUUCUGUGGAAUUGUGAUGUCACACUACACCUGGCAUAAUGUGACGGAGAACUCGAGAGUAACCACUAAGCACACUUUUGCAACAUUGUCAUUUGUUGCCGAGACAUUCAUAUUUCUUUAUGUCGGCAUGGAUGCUCUUGACAUUGAAAAAUGGAGAGUCGUAAGUGACAGUCCAAAGACUUUAUUCAAGGUCAGUGCAACUUUACUGGGAUUGGUUCUGCUUGGAAGGGCAGCCUUUGUCUUCCCCUUGUCGUUUUUGUCGAACUUGACCAAGAAGACCGAGAAAAUUGAGUUUAAGCAGCAAGUUACAAUAUGGUGGGCUGGUCUUAUGCGUGGUGCUGUGUCAAUGGCCCUAGCUUACAACCAGUUUACUAGGGCCGGUCACACCCAAUUACGUGGCAAUGCCAUCUUGAUAACUAGUACCAUCACGAUUGUGCUCUUCAGCACUGUGGUCUUUGGCUUGAUCACGAAACCUCUCGUGAGACAUUUAAUGCCCUCGUCCAAAAAUUUAAGCAGAAUGAGCUCCUCAGAGCCCAUCACGCCUAAAUCUCUGCACGCGCCCCUUCUUGGAGAAAGUCAAGAUUCUGAGGCUGACCUUUUCGGGCAUGGGCUGGGCUCGGAAGCCCGUGAGGACGGUCAGACCGCGACCCGGCCCAGCAACUUACGCUUGCUUUUGACGAAACCUACGCGUACUGUACACUACUAUUGGAGAAAAUUCGAUGAUGCUUUCAUGCGACCCGUUUUUGGUGGCCGGGGCUUUGUUCCGUACAUACCUGGAUCGCCAGUCGAUCAAAGCAUGCAUGCUGGGAAGCACUGAAAAGGUUAUUAUUAUCAGGUUUNAUUCGGUUUAGUUUGU